GUUACGUCAUAGCACGAAGCGUUUAGAUGGCGACAUCCGGUUUGUCUCCCUAUUGUGAUGUCAUAAUAUACUUUCACAGUUACAGUAAGGCAAGCUGUUCAACAAUGUUCGAAGUUAUUUUUAAUUGUUUAUUGUUCUUUGUUAUUUUAACUGGAUGUGACGUCACGAAAGGGGGCAGAAACGUCACCCUUGAUUGCGCCUCCCAGCGGCCAGUAAGUUGUGAGAGAAAAAUCUUUGUUCGCCAAAACAGAGGAGUUUUAGUUUCACCCACAAAGUCACGGCUGGAUCACUCUUGUUGUUGGUCAGGUAAUUGGGUGGAUGUGACGUCACAAAGGUUAGGAGAAACGUCGGUUGGCAACGAAACCUUGAUGACGUGUUUUAACAUGGAUGAGCGGAAAGUCGAAAAAGUUUCGAUGAAGUUCAUGGCGCAAGUAAUCGAGGGUCGAGAGGUUGCGUGGUUUAAAGCGAAGUUGAAGCCAUCGGCGGAUUAUAAAGUGGUUUCGUGUAAACAACAUUUAUACAACGGUUCUACGCACGAGGAUAGAACGACAUUGUUGGUGAAAUUCCCGCCAUUAUUCCUUCGUCACGUGAUCAAGUUCAACGUUAUGAUUGGUCGAAUGAACGCCAUAGAUAUCCCAGUGUUCUCCCACCCAGCCAACAUGAGAAGACGGAACGUUCGUAUUCAAAAACAAGGUCUUAAUUUCACCCACUUUUACCUACGUCAUACCGGCAGGAACAGACAAGACAUAGUUAUGCAUUUUCCGCAGUUGUCCAUCAAUGACGUGGGCAACUAUAGUGUCGUCAUACAUACGUCACACCACGUAGUUUCAACCGUGGUCAUUUUAAACCCAUCAAAUAAAGAUGAGGGCGUCAACGAGAACCACGUGAUCAUAAUCGUCAUAUCCUGUUUAUGCGUAGUGUUAGUGGUGAUGGUUGUUUUAUGUUGUUUCUAUGGAUCCAAACCAAGGUGUCGCAUUAGGUCAAGUAGUUCAAAUGGCGCGUCGUUGGUCGGCUUGAAUAUAGACGUCGCUGAGUCGACGGGUGUUGGUGAUGACGUGUUCCUUCCUGUCCCCCCACGUUCGAAGAAGCAAUCAUUGAAGUCAUUGAAGCGUGAAACCAUCGACCAAUCAAAGUUCGACUCGGAAGUGACGUACAUGAAUGAUGACGUAGGUAAUGAUGACGUAGACGAAGAUGGUUAUCUGCAGCCGAUACGCAUCAAUGAGCAUGAUUACGUAGCAUUCGAUGACGGCCAACGACACCAAGCCACUACACCGCCUGCUCCCAGCCGGACCAAUCAAGAUGAAACGCAAUUUACUUACGAGAACUUUUGACUUAUUACGUCAUAUAUAUAUAUAUUAUCGUCAAAAUUAGCACAGAAAACGUUUCACGCGAGUAAACCAUAAAAUGAAAACAAAAGUAACUCGACAACCACGCCUUGGUUUCAGGCCAAGUUAUCGUGUAUAUGUAUUAGGUAUUGUAACAUUCCCGAUAUAAUUACGUUAUAUUUUGUUUAUUUUAUGUUUCGCCCCUGAUGGUGGGUUCAGAAACCCAGAAUUCCACAAAUAUUGUUACGUCACAAACAUCUUCUUUAUAACAUCAUACAUCACGUGAUGGUUGCA